CUAACCUCAAUCAAAUAAAAAGGAAUCAACGUCGAAAUUUCUUAGAUUUUACAACAAGUUAUUAAAACCAUGUAUUUCAUUCAAGUUUUUGGAUUUGUAACAUUACUAUGGGGACUUUUCAUAACCGGAAUUAAUUCAAGCAACUCUACUAAUAUAUAUCCGAAGCCAUUGCCGAUAGCUGCUCAGAGCAAAUCAAUUCCAAGCGAUUAUUUUAGGUUUCUAGAUAGUUAUUAUAAAUUUCACACGAGUUCGACAACAUGGGCUGAAGCAAGACGAAUUUGUGAAGCAGAAGGCGCUUAUUUAACAAUAGUUAAUUCAGAAGAUGAAGCCUAUUUUCUGGUCCGUUUAUUUAGUCAGUAUCCAGCUGCAGUUUUAAAUGGUAUAACUUGUUUGAAUGGUGCAAACUUUGUUUCCAUUGGAUUUCAUGAUAUAUUCCAAGAAGGAGAAUAUGUUACAAUAGAUGGUAAAUCAAUAAGAAGUUCUGGAUAUAUUCAUUGGCAACCAGGUGAACCUAAUAACAGUGCUGGUGAAAAUUCUUCAGUGGUGGAAAAUUGUGGUUCGUUCCAUCGAAAUGGCGGCUUAAAUGAUCUCUCAUGUCGUUGUCGUAUUCCAUUUGUAUGUGAAAUUCCUGUUAAUUCGUGCAUGCAACUACAUAAAAAAGCAACUAGCGAUAUUAUUUCACAACUAUUAUCAAAAGCUGUUUUAAUCAUGCAUUUCAUACAAACUUUCGGAAUUUUAUUAGUGUUAUGCGGAUAUUUUAUAACGGGAUUUGCAAAUGAAACUAAUUCAACAAGCGCAAUUCCAAAGCCAUUGGCAAUUGCAGCUCAAAGUAAUUCAAUUCCUCGUGACUAUGUUCAGUUCCAAAAUAGUUAUUACAAAUUUCACAAAGAUUCACAAACAUGGGCAGAGGCACGUCGAUCAUGUGAAGCAGAAGGUGGUCAUUUAGCAAUAGUGAAUUCAAUAGAAGAAGAAAUCUUUCUAAUACGUUUAACAAGACAAUAUCCACCUGCAGUAUUAAAUUAUGUUGCUUAUGUGAAUUAUUUUUAUAUUGGAUUCCACGAUUUGUUUGAAGAAGGCGAUUUUGUCACAGUUGACGGUAAAUCAAUAAGAGAUUCUGGAUAUGUAAAUUGGACACCAGGUAGACCAGGAUUUAAUAAUCCAAGUUGUAAUUGUGGAAUGUUUUCUCGUGAUGGUGGUUUAAUCGAUAUGCCAUGCCAAUAUAGAAAUGCUUAUAUAUGCGAAAUUUCUAGCCCAUGUAAUCAGGCACUGGUGCAAAAAAUUGAGGCAAAACGAGUUGAACAUGAAUAAAUAGUUUUAAACAAGACUAUUGACUUCAAAACGAAAGUAAAUAAUAAUAAAAUUUUGUUACAAAUAAUAUGUAUCUGUGUGUAAAUAAAAUUAAUUAUCAAAU